AUGGUGGGACUCCCGUUCAUCGCCAUCCAAAACUUCCAGGACCAGUGGAUCUUCGGAGAAGCCGUUUGUAAGCUGGUUAUGGUUCUGGAUGGCAUCAAUCAAUUCACAAGCGUGUUCUGCUUAACGGUGAUGAGUGUUGAUCGCUAUAUGGCUCUGGUAGACCCGCUGCGCUUCGCUCACUGGCGGACGCCGCGACGGGCGAAGAUCAUCGCCACAUUAAUGUGGUUUAUCUCUCUGUUUCCAGUGCUUCCAAUGGCUAUUCACUUUUCUGCCACCUACGGUUUGUGCACCGUUGACCCUCAUGUUGCAUCUGACUCCUGGUGGUUGGCCUUUCUUAGCUACACAUUCGUACUGGGCUUCGCCUUGCCGUUCACCGUAAUGAUUGUGUUUUACACAGCACUUCUAGUGACUCUGAGAAACGCCAGGCAUCAAACGUCUUCAAUGGAAAGUCACAGGUUUGAGAAACAGGUUACUAAGAUGGUAGUGGCGGUUGUUUUGGUGUUUGCAUCUGCUGGCUGCCGUUCUACGUCUUCAACUUUUGCUCCCUGCACCGAAUAG